AGUCGUUCAUCUUCAACCGAAAAUUAUCUAAUAAGUGAGGAAGGUAACGUGUUUAUGUACAUGAUUAAUAAAAUGUUAUAAUUUGUCCAUCAUAUUUUUGUUAUUAAAAUAAUAUAUUUACUUAAUCUCUUGCUAUUAGUUAAGCACACUGUUAACGUAAAACUCCUGCUACUCAUUUUCAACAAGUUUACAAACUAGCAAGUGUUAACACGUAUCACAGAAGAAAAAGUGAGCCAACUAUAUAAAGGGUUUUAGUGGAUUUGGGUGAAAAAUUAAAGAGAGUGAAGAAAAUGAAGAAGAAACAAACAAUGGAGGAGGAAGAGAAGAAGAAAGAGGUGGCUGCAGAGGAAGAGGAGGCGGAGUAUCAGAGGCGGAGGCAGCACCAACCGCCCAAUAUAUCGCCGAUGGUGGCAACCACGAAGGGUGCGUACGGUGGUGGAAUGUACGGCACUUAGGAAGGGCAGCCGGAGAAGCCGAGAAAGGCGGCCGCGAGCGAUACGCUGAGUGCGGAUGGGCCGGUGGAACCAGCGGCAGAACCGAAGAACAAGCCUCCGCCGUCGACGGGGGAUAGGGAUGUUGAUAUCACUGGCCAAUCUUACAUCCAGUGCCUCACUCGCUAUUGUUUUGUUUUGUUUUGUUAGUCAUCCCUUUGUCAUGUUUUCCAGUUUGUUUUGUGGUGUGUUCAUCUAGUUUUUAUAUUUAAUUUAAAAGGAAGAAAUUUUAUCAUUUUU